AUGGAAGCGACUAUGGCGAGCUUGAGCCUCUCUGGCCCCAACGACCUGUCCGCCCUUGACGCAAAGGCGCGCUCGAACCUCGCACAGAAACUCUCCAAGAUACAUCCCUCGGUACUCACCCGACCGCUCACUAUUAAUGACAUUUACAAUGCCAACGAGGCGGCGUUGUACAUCGCACACAUCCCCAGUGACCUUCAACUCGAUUUCUUCUUCCGCAACUACAACGAUAUUGCUCGUUGCAACUACCGCCCUCACUCGGCCAAGCCUUUCGACGUCAACCGCGCCAUCUGGCACUACGGAGUUUCCAAGUUCCAUACUCUAUCCAAUCGCAUCGAUGUCGUUCGUUACAAUGUCAUCGUUAUGGCAUUCAUCACGAUAGCCGAGUCGCUCGGUCAGAACACCAGCGACCUCUACGAUCCCGCCGCGAACGCCUUCAUCAAGGCAUAUAUGAAAGCCUGGCUCUCCAAAACGUGUGGCGAGGAUGACCAGUCUGACCAAGAAGCUCUCAUCCACGUCUGGAUGAACAGCGGCUUUGACUUGUGUUACUUUCCGGACAGGGCUAGGCGCGACAUGAUGGCGGCAGUCUGGAAACUGCAACGGAUGGUCUCCGAGUUGAGGACCGUACGACCAGAAGACUUCCUGGUAGCGGUGAAAGAGAAUCAGGUUCCGCGCGACAUCUUCGAGAGGGAAGGUCCCAUGCUCGUACUACACUGGGCGUUUGCGCAUAUGAAGAAAGAGCAGGCACGCAAGGCAUUGAACACACCGUCUGAACAAGAGGCGCCUAUGAGCUCCUCUGUCGAUAUUUCGUCCGUUCGACUAGACCAGAGCCCCGCUAGUGAUCUUCUGGUGGAUAUUGAGUGGGGCGUUGUGGAGCAGGUGCUACCGGAUGAAGGCCGGAAGUCGUGGAUUGCGCCAGAGAAGGCAUUGAGCAUUGUGCAGAGUGUUGAGGAGGACUUUCUCGCAGGAUGGAUGGAAAAGGUUACGUUAGGUAGAGAGUAG